AUGGCUGUUGAGGCAGUAGUUGAAGCAGGCAGCGCUGAAGACGAAACCGGAAGUGAUGUGGAAAUAGCAACAGAGGAUUGCUCAUUUGAACUGGUGACAAUAGGCGUGAAGGAGGAAGAAAGGAAUGCAGAUUCAUCAACGUCCUCUAAUGAUAUUGAGGUCCCGGCUUGUUCAACGAAAACAUUGCCAUCGUUGCCAGUUGUCAGGGGAAGCUCUAUACUUUGCCCUGCAGGUGCUCCUGAGAUCUUAUCCUAA